AUGCUAGAGGAAGCUAAGAAGUUAGUACAAGGCGAAAGUGCCCCAGUGUACACCACUAGUACGGGAUGUCCUAUUUACAAUUCACUUGCUAGUGCUCGUAUCGGUAAAGGAGGUCCUAUUCUAUUGCAGGAUUUCCAUUUGAUUGAUCUGUACCAAAAGUUUGACCGUGAAAGGAUUCCCGAACGUGUCGUGCAUGCCAAAGGUUCCGGUGCAUUUGGCACCUUUGAGGUAACAAAGGAUAUUACGAAAUUCACAAAAUUGAAAAUGUUCAAUAAAGUUGGAAAGAAAACUCCCAUGUUAGCAAGAUUUUCCCAGGUCAGUGGUGAACAAGGUUCUCCGGACACCUUCCGUGACCCUCGAGGAUUUGCCCUUAAGUUUUAUGCUGAAGAUGGUAUUUUCGAUAUGGUUGGAAACAAUACUCCUAUUUUCUUCAUUCGUGACCCUGCUAAAUUCCCCGUGUUCAUCCAUUCUCAGAAAAGAGACCCCCAAAGUGCCCUACGGGACAAUACCGCUUAUUGGGAUUACUUAUCUCAAAAUCCAGAAUCCACUCAUCAGGUCAUGAUUCUUUUUUCUGACCUCGGAGGUACACCUUAUGGAUAUCGAUUUAUGAAUGGUUUUUCUAGUCACACGUACAAGUUUGUCAAUGAUAAGAACGAAUUUUAUUAUUGCAAAUGGCACUUCCUUAGCAACCAGGGAACCAAGAGUAUGACGAAUGAAGAGGCUGCUGAGAUGUUCGGAAUAAACCCAGAGUUUGGACGACAAGAUUUGUUUGAAGCAAUUGAUCGUGGUGAUUAUCCCAGCUGGACUCUUUAUGUACAGAUUAUGACACCUGAGGAUGCUGAAAAGUUUAAAUACAACCCCUUCGACCUUACCAAGGUAUGGCCUCACAAAGAUGUUCCCAUGCAUGAAGUCGGCCGUAUGACUUUGGACAAAAACCCUGAAAACUUCUUUACCGACAUUGAAGAAGCUGCUUUUUCUCCCUCUCAUAUGCUACCAGGUGUGGAUGUUUCUCCUGACCCAGUCUUGCAAGUUCGCACUUUCAGUUACCCUGAUACUCAUCGUCAUCGCUUGGGUGCUAACUUUGAGCAAAUUCCCGUGAACAAGCCUAGAUGCCCUGUCUUUAAUUAUUCUCGUGAUGGACCCAUGAAUGUUACUGAUAAUCAAGGUAGUAUGCCCAACUACCCUUCAUCAUUACAACCUUUGGCCAAGGAAUAUCAUGAGCCUAACGAGAAUCACGAAAAGUGGGUUGGUGAAGUUACUUAUCAUAUGGAUGAAAUUACCGAUGUUGACUUUGAGCAGCCUAGAGCUUUCUGGGAGAGGGUUUUAGGAAAACAACCUGGUCAACAAGACAACUUUGUCAAAAAUGUUGCAGGCCAUCUUUCCAAAGCAGUUCCCGUGGUACGACAAAGACAAUAUAAGGUAUUCGGUAGAGUCCAUCCCGAAUUGGGAGCUCGGAUUGAAAAGUCUACUGAGGAAGAGGCUCAAAAGGCUACUAAAACCGGAAACAAGGUUGUGAAUCAAGGCAACAAGCAUAUGUUUGAACCAGCUAAUUAA